AUGUUGAGACAUGAAGAAGAGGUUCAACAUUGGUUGGGCGGGCAUGCGAGCACAAGCGGAGCGAUAAUAAGGCUCUGCGGGGUCAUUUCAGGCUUUGUAACGGCACCCACUCUGAUACUACCGUCAUCCUCGCCAUUCAAUCACAUUACCAUCGCCAACUACAUUGCCGCCAUCAAACUCCGCCUGCAUGCACACGCACAAUCAUUGGUCAACGGGGAUGCACAAUCCUCGCCCCUCGAUCACAUUCCCAUCGCCAAUUGUACGCGAAUCCGAUCGUCUGUCUACUUUUACGUUCGAUUCCUGUACUGCCCAAUCAUGGUCAACCAACCCAAGACGAAUUCACAACCACGCCAAAUUCACCCUUUCUUUUCUAAGGUGGCUAGUUCUGGUUCUUCAUCAGCUGCUACAUCUGGGUUACCUUCUGGCACCUCUCAAAUAUCUCCAGUUAGCAUAGAUCUUAUGGCCACUGCAUCUCCAGCAGCUCCUUUGAACAGCUUCAUAUCUGCUGAGAGUCUCUCCACCCUUCAUGCAGAGUUUGCAUCUAUUCCUGAUCUUGUGACUGGUACUACUCCUAUUGUGGAGAGCAUACUUGAUCUAGAAAAUGAGAAUGACAUUGAGGAUGAUGAUUCUGAUGAUUCCUCUUCUGGGGAUAACAUAUCUGGGAAUACUACGUCUAAAGAAAAUGCUUCUGAUUCAUCUCUUUCAGGAGAUUCUGGAAAUAUAUCAAUUCAGUUCUUGAAGACAGUACUUGCAAACUUGAAAGCUGAGAUUGAGACAAUUAAUAAGCCUAAAAUAUAUUCUGAUGGGACUUUCUGGCACCGUCCUCGAGAUCCAGUCUUUGCUUUGGCCAUGUCUAAUCAGGAAGGAAAUUUGAAUCCUAGAGAAUUAUAUCACCUGGAUGUCUUUGUUUGGAUUCUAGGUCUUAAAAAUAGACUUCCAGGAGAGCCUACUCAAAUUUUGUGUCCAACUGCUCUUUGUUCAGGCAAACUUGUUCGGCAUGGCUACAAUACUAAGCCAAUUGCUCGCCGAGUUCGGGGUCUUCACAGAGAUUAUUUCCUAUUAACAAAUCGGCUUCGCUGUGAAGACUGCAAGAAGUCAUUCCAAGCAACUGAUCCCAAAAUCUUAGAACAGCUGUCUCGUGGCUUAAAGGAAUCCUUUCCAGCCUUUUUGACAAGCAGAGCUGCAAUUGACAAAUCCUUAAUCUGUAAAAUCAAUGGAGAUGCCAAUUCAAGAGGGAUUUUCUAA